GCGAUCCCCUCCGCGUCCAUUCCGCCCGUGGGAAGGGAAGGGUAGGGAAGAGCAGCGAGCCGCCGCGCCGCACCACCGCCUCCUCCUCGUCCUCCCGCUGCUCCCCCUCCCCGAUCCGAUCGCCGCCGGCGCGGCAAUAUUUGGAACCCUCGGCGCCGAUCGACCCAUGCCGUACCACUGAGAACCGAUCCCGCCGCCAUCCGCCAUCGUCAUCCCCGCCGACCGCCUCCGCGUUUGAUUCAUCGCCCCGUGGAACCAGCACCGCCCGAUCGGAAAGAGGAGGUGUGGAGGAUGGCUUCCGUUGCCGCCGACCCGCACGCUGCCCUCGCUGGCGCGGGGACGCCGCCCCACGGUAGCCCCGUCGCGGGGAAGAGGGCGGCCGCCACCGCGUGGAAGCGCCCGGAGAACGGGCCGGUGCUGGUGGCGCCCGGGAGCCCCAUCAUGGACGCCGACUCCUGGCCGGCGCUUCCUGGGCUGGCCUCUCCCCAGCCGCCCACACCGCCCAAGGCGUCGCCUAAGGCCGCUCCUCCCCCUUCCACUGUGGCAGCUAUCUUGCCCGUGUCCUUGGACAUCUCCGACGCUCCGGAUGCUACCCCUGAUCAGGACGCACUGGAGACAGUGAUUUUACCGGUGUCUUUGGACAUCUCUGGCGCUCCGGAUGCUACCACUGUUAAGGACGCUGGGACCAGUAGUCCACCGGUCCGGCGUGUGUUGAUGAUGCCUGCAGGGGAUGACGGGCCAGAGAUGCAUGCUCUUAUUCCAGAGCCAUCUCUAGGAUACUCUCCUAAUGCCCGGAGCAAUGGUACCGGCGUUCAUCAUCAGAAUGGCCGUUUUGGUUCCCACCCUCAUGGCCGAGGUGGCAGUUACGGUGGGGGGAGAAGGGGUAAUGGUGGAGGUGGUAGUCGCCAUGGUCAUGAGCACCAUGGUGGGUUUGAUGGGCAACGGCGUGGUGGUGGCCGUAGAGAUGGACAUGGGCCAGGGCACCAGCAUCGUGUUCACCAGCCACCGUACAUUAGGGCUCCUCCUCCUCUGGCUGUUUUAGCGGCGGGACCUCCCGCGCCACAAUUUGCUGGCCCUGCUACUCCACAGACACCACCUUAUGGAACUGCUGCUCCACAGACACCACCUUAUGGGGCGCCUAUGGGAUUCCCUGCAGAGAUGGCACCUCACGUUUACUAUUUUGCCGUGCCCCCUUCGGAUGGUCUUCAAGCCCUUCCUUUUGCGCCUCCUCCACCAACCCCUCCAGCCAUGCUAAUUUCUCCACUGGAACAACUUCAAAGGGACCUACUGGUGCAGAUAGACUACUACUUUAGUGAUGAAAAUUUGUGCAAGGACAUAUUCUUGAGGAGACAUAUGGAUGACCAUGGUUGGGUGCCAUUAUCCUUGAUUGCUGGCUUUAACCAGGUCCAAAGGCUCCUAUAUCGUAUUGGACAAGUCAAAAACUUGACUAAUAGUUUGCAGUUUAUCUUGGAUACAGUCAGGCAGUCUACUGUGGUGGAAGUACAGGGUGACAAAAUACGGAGGCGUGCAAGAUGGGAGAUUUGGUUGCUUCCCAGACCAAAUUAUUCUGAUGCCCCCGUGACAUCCAACAUUGAUUCAUUGGCGUCUCAGUUUGAUCAAUCUGUUGGACUUGAGGGGACAUACUAUCCUCGUGAAGCUCUCCUUACUAGAUCAGCAACUUCAGUUAGUAUAGGCUAUCAAGCACCUACCUUCAGAGGACUACACAGCAAUGGCAGUGGACCCAUUUUUGGGCAGCAGACAGAGAGAAGUUUGCUCAGAAGCGAUACCUUUUGAUACACAACAAAGAGAUGCCGAGUUUUCACUGGUUACGGCAUGCUCAACUCUUCUAUUUCGGAUGAGGAAUGAAGAUCCAGUUUGUUCGGAAAAAGGGAGCAUAAAAACACCAAAAAAAUAAAAAAUGUAGAUGGGACAUACACAAAAAAAACCAAAAAAACAGAAAACUAUAUAUAAAAAAGAAUAGCUAGUGCUAUGUGUGACUUAUGAAUAUUUCAUGGGUGAGCUUUUGCUUUUUCGGAUAUGUGUGUUAUUAUGUCGGGUUUCUGCUUUAAUGGACAGUUUGUUCUCUGUGUAUACUCUGUUAUCUCAGACGUCAUGACUGGUACCGUUCAGGCCUGUUGAGACCAGACAAUUAUAUAUAUAAAAAAAGACAUUUCUAAUA